GCUCAGUUAGCGUCACAUGUCCUUUAGAGGCCCCGCGGUGUAAGAGUGUGUCUGAGUGUGUGUGUGUGUUUCUCCGGCACAUUUAAGAACAAGCAUUAGACCAUGGCUGCUCAGGUCACAGAAUCGGAUCAAAUUAAACAGUUUAAGGAAUUUCUUGGCACCUACAACAAACUGACCGAGAACUGCUUCAUGGACUGUGUGAAAGACUUCACUACCAGAGAGGUCAAAGCAGAGGAGACCUCAUGCUCUGAGAGCUGUCUACAGAAGUAUCUGAAAAUGACGCAGCGGAUCUCGAUGCGCUUCCAGGAAUAUCACAUCCAGCAGAACGAGGCUUUAGCAGCCAAAGCUGGCUUAUUAGGCCAACCACGAUAGCCGACUACUGUGUGUUUUACAGACUCGUAUCCUUAGGCUGUAACUCUCACCCUGCCUGUGUCAUACUGGACUGAUGAAGCAGAUGACAGCGUGUCAGAAGAUGAUGCGCACCUAAUGAGUUCAGAUCCUUAGCCGUGGUGGGAGGUUUUUUAUCUGUUGUUGUGAUUGUAAAAACUUGCCAACACUUAUUCUAACGUAAUGUGAAGAUGGUGUGUUUUGUUUGGUUGGUUGUUUAAGUAGUCUUGGCCUUUUAAGGGAAUUAUUGCGCAUGUAUGUAAUAAAUAAACUAAGUAAACCAUUU